GCCCAGACUUUUUGUAGGAUUUCUGACUCCCCCCUCCAAGAUGGAGGCCCUCGGAGGUUAUCCCACUAAGUCCUCCAAAGCCAGAAUAAAAAGGUUGAGGGUCCUGGUGAGCAUGACAGUAGGUGUUGGCUGUUUGUUUCUCCUCCAGACGCACUUUGUGAAGCCAAGGAAACAGAAGGACUUUUAUUCGUUUGAGGUGAAAGACGCAAAGGGGAGGACGGUGUCUCUGGAGAAGUACCGAGGGAAAGCAUCUCUGGUUGUAAACGUGGCGAGUCGCUGCCAGCACACAGAGGCGAGCUACAGGUCUCUGCAGGAGCUGCACAGAGAGCUGGGAACCUCUCACUUCAACGUGCUGGCCUUCCCCUGCACUCAGUUUGGAGACACGGAGCCCGGAUCGAGCAGAGACAUCGAGGCCUUCGCAAAGUCCACAUACGGAGUCACCUUCCCCUUCUUCAGCAAGAUCAGAAUCCUGGGCUCAGAGGCAGAGCCUGCCUUCAGGUUCCUCACAGAUUCUGUCCAAAAAAUACCAAAGUGGAACUUCUGGAAGUUCCUUGUGAAUCAAGAAGGAAAAGUGAUCCGGUUCUGGAGAACGGACGAAUCCAUGGAGAGCGUCCGGAAAGAGGUCACAGCGCUGGUGAGAGAAAUCAUCAUACGGAAACGUGGAGAGCUAUGAUGGCUAAUGCUUAGUAGAAAUGGGACAUUUUGCCACUUUAUGUCGAAUGGGGCUGUGCUGUUAAAGCCGGAAAUGACUGGAGUGGUUCAGUCAUCUUUCUGUUGCUCCAGAAACAUCCAUGGCUGUGUGUAGGUCAGCCAUUAUACUGGACACUAACCACUGAACCUUAAGGUUAUUUAGACCCUUAAACUGUUGGCUUUUUUAAAAUGAAAUAAAAAAAACUCUUUCUAUUGUGCUCCUUA